AUGAAGAGCAAACUACGAAAUAUUCUUUUGCUAGAUAUUCCUUUACUUAGUUAUUCUUUUGCUGGUGGAGCCAAAGGACAAGAUUUUAACCAAAUUUUUUUCCAAACGGCGGAUGUAAUAUUGUCUGCGGCUAUGACAAUUACUAUUUUACAAAGAAACGUAAAAAAAGAAAAAAAAUUUAAGAAAUCUCUCGACCAAGAAAAUCAAAAAAUUGAUAAUUUGCUCGACAAUAUUGAAUUAUUAAAAAAGAAAGAAUUAAGUCCAGUUUUUUUAAAAGAAAUUCAGCAAGUAAUGCACAAAAAUAUCAAAAAAAGAGAAAAAGACAAGUUUUUAAUUGUAGCCAGUGGAGUUUAUCCUAGUUAUUUAAUACCCCGGGCGGUAGUAAUGAUUUUGUUUUCUUUUACUUUGGACCUUCAAGCAGUGAAACCUACUGAUGAUUCUCUUAAACAAUUAAAAAGCGUUUUAGUAGCGAUGCGAGGAUUGCCCACUGUUUUGGCUUCUAGUCAACGUCUGGAUAAUUAUUAUCAAAUAACUAAACUACCAGCAAAAGAAAAAAUCCCUAAAAUUCGUUUUACAGCACCAAUUAAAAAAAUUGAAUUACGGAAUGUUUAUUUUCGUUAUCCCAGCCAAGGAGAAUAUCUUUUAAAAAAUAUCAAUCAAGAAUUUGUGCCUGGUAAAAUCACCAAAAUUGAAGGACGAAAUGGCUUUGGUAAAUCCACCAUUAUUUUACUUAUUUUAGGAAAACAAAUUGCUUAUGUUUCUAACCAAACUUUACUUAAAAAAGGCUCCGAGGGGGAAAAACAAAUCCAAGAAUUAGAAGAAACUUUACUGAAAGGAAACUAUGCUCUUGUUGAUCCAGAAAGAAAAAGCCAAGUCUUGAUUUUAGAUGAAGCAUGA